CACUUCCGGUAUUCUUGCCAAUGCUACCAGAGGAACUUCUAAAAUCACUAGCUUUUUCGGGUCUCCAACAUUGGCAUCAUCAAUGUAUUUAGCAUCUUUGGCAUCUUCAGUAACCCCAAUGUAUUCAGCGUCUUUGUCUUCAGUAACCCCAAUAUAUCCAACUGUGACCAGAUUUGAUAACAAUGAGGAUAUAAGUGAGGAUAGCGAUGAUGGUAGUGGUGGAAAUAAUAGUGAAGGUGCAUCUGUUGCCCUUGGAAAUAUAAUUGCUCAGCUUCAGGAAGACCUCCUGAAUAAUGAAAAAACAUUCACAGCUUUCGAAUAUAAUGAAUGGCAAGUUGUAUAUGAAUAUUUUGUACAGCUAUAUAAUGGUUACGGAAAAAUAAAAGUGAGUGAAAUUGCGACAAGCAUAGUUUAUGUUUCCCCAAACCCAUAUAAAUACAAGAAAAUUCACUUUUUUGGUGAAUUUUAUUUGCAUCAUGAAUGUUUUCCAGUCUUCUAUCAUGGUCAACAUCAAAAAUGCAAAAGAUUGAUUGAUGAUGAAGACAUGACAUUAAAAUAUAAUCAAUGA